CCAGCGGGCGGAGUCGGAAGCUGGAGCGAGCAUUGGUCCGUCCGGUCUCCUCUUCCGCGGCGUCUUCUCCGCGUCCGUCGUCGGAUCCCCCCUGGAGCGACUUGUGGUCCGCGUCGCGGCAGAAGAGCAGCAAGCUUCGGGAAGGAACAGCAUUGACGGCGGGAAGGGGACUUCGCCGGCCGUUACUCGUUCGCCCCGGCGAGGCUUCGCGAUAACGCACGGAGGCCCUGCAGUGUGUCGCAGCCUCCUGGAGGCCUCCGGCGCCGAGUGGUGGAAAUGGACGCCUUCAGCGGAAGUCUGGAUGACAGCAUGUCAGGUGUGAGCGUGUCGGACGUCAACGAUCGCUUGUGCGCUCUGGAGCUUCGUGUGCAGCAGCAGGAGGACGAGCUGACGGUGAUGAAAGCUGCUCUCGCUGACGUUCUUCGUCGACUGGCGGCUUCUGAAGACUCUGCUGCCUCCGCCAAGAAGCAGGCGGGAAAAGCCUUCUCCAACUUGUGCAUCACAAACGGAGGAACUUCUGGACGGAAGAGAGAGUCCACCUCCGUCACCAGGAAGGAAACUUUGUCGUCUGCUGCUAAGAGCGGAAGUGAGAUGAAAAAGGAGGCCAGCAGCCCGAGGCCUCAGAUGGAGGAGAUCCAUGAGCACCCAAAGGACCAGUCCCCCUCCCCCGCCCCCCGCCACCCCCCCACAGCACAAACGCCCCAGAGACCAACGCAGCAGGCGGCGGACAGUAGCAAAGGCCACGCCCCUCCCAAAAGGGGCUCCAGCGUGAAGCGCUCUUCAGGUAUAGAACGUUCCCUGAGUCACACCUGGGACACGCCCGAUGACAACAGAGUCAAGCUGGUGAAAGCUGCGUCUACCUCCAAACUGCUGGCCAAGGUGGUGAAGAAUGCUGACAGGCACAAAGAGCUGGUGGUGAGCCAAGCCAAAAUGUCGACUCGAGAGAAAAACAGCCAAGCUGAGGGCAACUCUAUCAAGAUGUUCAUGCGCGGGCGUCCCAUCACCAUGUUCCUGCCCUCAAAUGUGGAAAACUACGAGGAGGUUCGCACCGAGCUCCCUCCUGAGAAACUCAAGCUGGAGUGGGUGUAUGGCUAUCGUGGCAGAGAAUGUCGAGCAAACGUCUACCUGCUGCCCACCGGUGAGAUCGUGUACUUCAUCGCCUCGGUGGUGGUCCUGUUCAACUACGAGGAGCGGACUCAGCGACAUUACAUCGGCCACACAGACUGCGUCAAGUGCCUCGCCAUCCACCCCGACAAGAUCCGCAUCGCCACGGGCCAGAUAGCAGGCGUGGACAAAGAUGGACGGGCCCUGCAGCCGCACGUGCGAGUGUGGGACAGCUUCAGUCUGGCCACCCUGCAGGUCAUCGGUGUGGGAACUUUUGAGCGAGGCGUCGGCUCGCUGGCCUUCUCCAAAGCAGACUCCGGUCAGCACCUGAGCGUGAUCGACGACUGCAACGACCACAUGUUGACUGUUUGGGAUUGGCAGAGGAAGUCCAAGAUCGCUGAGAUAAAGACCACCACUGAGGUGGUCCUGGUUGUGGAGUUCCACCCCACAGACCCAAACACCAUCGUCACCUGUGGCAAGUCCCACAUCUUCUUCUGGACCUGGUCCGGGACUUCGCUGGCCCGUAAACAGGGCAUCUUUGGGAAAUACGAGAAGCCAAAGUUCAUUCAGUGUCUGGCGUUCCUAAACAACGGAGACAUUUUGACCGGGGAUUCUGGCGGAGUCCUCCUGGUCUGGACCAGGAACUCUGCAGAGACCCCCACGGGGAAAGGACCAAGGGCAUUUCAGAUUAAUCGACAGGUCAAGGGUCACGAGGGCAGUGUGUUCUGCAUAUGUGAAAUGAGGAGUGGCACCCUGCUGACCGGAGGAGGAAAAGACCGAAAGAUUAUUCUGUGGGACCACGAAAUCCGAGCCGAGCGCGACAUUGAGGUUCCGGACCAGUACGGAACCAUCAGGGCUGUAUCCGAGGGGAAGGGAGACGAGUUUUUGGUGGGCACAUCUCGUAAUUUUAUACUUCGAGGGACUUUCAACGAGGGCUUCACAGUCGAGGUCCAGGGUCACACGGAUGAGCUGUGGGGGUUGGCGUCCCACCCGUCCCGAGAACUGUUCCUGACGUGCGCUCAGGACCGCCUGGUCUGUCUGUGGAACGCCGCCAGUCACAGUCUGCAGUGGAGCAAAAGCGUGGAGGAACACGGCCACUGUGCGGACUUCCAUCCCAGCGGAGCGGUCGUCGCCAUAGGAACGCAUUCGGGAAAGUGGUACGUUCUGGACGCCGAGACCACCGACCUGGUGGCCAUCCACACCGAUGGCAACGAGCAGCUGUCAGUCAUGCGCUUCUCUGUAGAUGGCGUCCUGCUGGCCGUGGGGUCACAUGACAACUUCAUUUACCUGUACAGCGUAGCCGACAGAGGACGCAAGUACAGCCGCUACGGGAAAUGUUCGGGUCACUCCAGUUACAUCACACACUUGGACUGGUCACCUGACAACAACUUCAUCAUGUCCAACUCUGGCGACUACGAGAUUCUUUACUGGGACGUUCCAAACGGGUGCAAAUUGAUCAGGAAUAAAUCCGAGUGUAAAGACAUCGACUGGGCGACUUACACCUGUGUGCUGGGAUACCAUGUGUUUGGUGUGUGGCCGGAGGGAUCAGAUGGAACCGACAUCAACGCUCUCAUCAGGUCGCACAACCGGAAGGUGAUGGCGUUGGCAGAUGAUUUCUGUAAAGUUCACCUGUUUGCUUACCCGUGCUCCACCUUCAAGGCUCCCAGCCACAAGUACAGCGCGCACAGCAGUCACGUGACCAACGUCAGCUUCAUGCACAACGACAGUCACCUGAUCUCAACGGGCGGGAAGGACACCAGCAUCAUGCAGUGGCGACUGGUGGAGAAGUCGGCCAUCUCGCUGAAUGAUAGCCUCCCCGUCCCCGCCCCCUCCAGGGCGGAACCCGUCCCCGCUCCUUCCAGGGCGGACCGCUUCCCCGCCCCCUCCAUGGCGAACCCUGCCCCCGGUCCCGCCGAAGACGCCGCCCUUACCCCGACGGCCAACGGGGCCCGAGAGUCGUCGACGGAAACGCCCCCGCCGCCCACCGAGUUGUCGACGGAUACACCACUGCCGCCCGCCGACCUAGCGCUGCCCGCCUUGGAAUUAACUCCGCCCCCCUCCGAGGCGACUCCGCCCCCGUCCGACAGUACGGUGAGUUUGAAGGACAGCCUGGACCCCAGCGACGACACGGCCACGCCCAGCGACGAGGGCCUUCCCCCGCUCACGCCCCCCACAUAGGAGUGUGCGCGCGGAGGACACAUUUCAAGAAGUUUCAGUGGGACACAACCUGCAUUGACAUAUUCCUCUCCAAUUUCAACACGAUUGUUUUAAUCGCCGAGAUGUUUUACAUGUCAUUUUUAAAUCCUCCUCCACGAUUCUUUUGUGAGAAAUCUUUUUUAAACGUCAGUUUGUCGCAGGCCCGCCUGUUUUGUAAGACAUUUUUAAUGAUGCUUUUGUAAAGGACAACGCUUUACAGUAAUCCCUCACUGCAGACUGCAGGCGAACACAACAUAGGCCUCGUUCACACUGCAGGUCAAUUCCCGUCUUUUCCCCAAUAUGCGAGCUGAAUCGGAUUUUUUUCAUGUCAGUGCGAUUUCGUAUUUUUACAUUCCGUAUUUCCUUGGAUUGCCGCAGGGCAUAUAGUAUGCGCCUGCCUUGAAUUACUGCUGGGUCAAACUCGCUUCGCAAAAUAAUUAGCGCAUGCUUAGUAUUACCGCCUGGUCAAACUUGUGACGUCACGAGGGGAAAAGUGACACUUCCCCUGUCAUCAUUUUCAAAAUGGAGGAGGCUGAUUUCAAUACUGGUAAUUUGAAAUCGCGUAAAGGGAACAAGAUUAAGAGCUAUUCAGAAGGAUUUAAGGUCCAAGCUUUCAUCACACUGAAAUUUGUACUGCAUGCCUUUGGUAAGUGUAAGAGUGAGAAGAGGUUUUAAAAUAAUUAGCGCAUGGUUACUUUUUACCGCAUACCUUUGGUAAGCGCAGGAGUGAGAAGAGGUUUUAAAUUAGCGCCCCGGCGGCAAUUCAAGGAAAUACGGUAUCUAUUAAAUAUAUAUGCGAGUGUCCUUGAUGUGAACGCUCCCGCGCUCAGGUCGCAUUCUUCCGACCAGAACGACAUCAAAGUAAUCAUAAUAAUUUGUCAAUAUAGGAGGUUAAAAAAAAAAUAGUUAACAGGGUAUAAAUAAAAUGUUUUGGGAACUCACGGUUAAUUUCCACCACUCCUGUCUCCGACUGCUCGUAGCAAAAUAUCCCGUAAAACCGCGGGAUCUAAAAUACUUGUUGUGACAGUCUCUCGCUGUCAUGCGGGUUCCAUGGACCACCAAAUAGAGACAUUGUUCAGCAGGGUUGUGACUUUGUUUAUUUUUGCAAAUAAAACCUCAGUGCAGGUCGCUUUUUAAGCUCCUCUUCUCCGCUCGCUCGUCGUCUGCCUCUGGCUCUCUUCCUCUCCCGCUCAGUGUCAGUUUCCCUAUGGCCCCUCGUCUCUCCGCCUCUCUCCCCGACGUUGUCAUGUUGCCCUUUUAAACAGUGCGAGAGGAUUACUAAAUUGUCCCUAAGUGCGCGAUCCACGCACCUGAUCUUGAUCGCGCCGUCGCUCCUGGCGCGGCUCGCUCAUCGUAGACGCCUCCUCGCCGUUAUCUUGUGCCCUGCCUCGCUGUCGGACUGCCGGCCACGCCUCCUCGCUGCCAUCUUGGGCUGGGCUACGGUGUGCCCUGCCUCGCUGUCGGACUGCCGGCUCCGCCUCUCCACACUUGUCCUCUUCUUUCUUAAUAUUCUACGUACAAUAAUUUGGUUUAGAAAAUGUUGAGCGUAAUUGCACAAAAUUCUUCAAAUUUUUCAGACCGUGGGAAGUUAUGUUUACUUCCGUAAACAAUGCGUGCAGUGUUAUGUCAUAUCCGCAGGCGGGUCAGUUAGCGUUCACAUUCUCCAUCGCAUUUUUUGGAACAUGAACGGCCACUGAAAAGAUGGGAUUUGACCAAAAAAAUAAAUAAAUCCAACCCUGCAGUGUAAACGUUGCCAUGAACUUCCAAAACUGUGACUAACAAUGUUAAGGAGAAACUGGAGUGAAGUGUGUUUCUGUUUUUUUAAAGAUUUAAAAACAGGCAGCCAAUCAGGAGAGAGUAUUCCCUGUGGACUUGUUUGAUUGGUUGGAAUAUUACCUCUGGACCGUAUGUCUUCACAAUGUCCAUUCUGCCUUCCAAAAAAGUCGUCUGCUUGUUGUUUUUUGUUUUUUUUUUACGCUGGUGUGUGAAGUGCCACACCUUCAUCGAGGGGCUGGGCUAGGACUGCUCUUUUUAGGGGAACUUUCUGGAUUCAAAUGUUAUGAGACGUUAAUCAUGUUCAAGUGAGCCAUUCUUGUCUUCUGUCAUGCAUUCCUGUAAAGUAAGUGGACCGUGGAUGCAAAUAAAAACGGAUGACAAAUUA